AGAGCCAGAAAUCUUUGUAAAGCAUAGCACGCAUAAAUCUCUGCAACAAACUCCCAUUGCAUUUUCACCUUCCCCUCUCUAUCCUCUCUCUUUGAUUAUUAUUUUACCAGUUUUGGAGCCCUUCUCAGGUGGCUUUUACAGUCCCUAUGCAGAUUAGCCUUUAUUACGACCCCAAUCUAUUCCAUUCUCCUUCGUUUUCAGUGCUUCAUUUAUAUAAAUAACCCACCACAACCAUCACCUUCUUAUCCAUGUUCCAAUUUCUACAAUUUAUCUCAUCAAAAUGUUUGGAGUGGAAGAGAUUCUGUGUGAGCUUGAGAGAGAUGCUCAUCACCAUCAUGGCCUACCUCCUGGCUUCAGAUUCCACCCUACUGAUGAAGAGCUCAUCACCUUCUACUUAGCUUCCAAGGUCUUCAACGGUACCUUCUGCGGCGUCGACAUUGCCGAAGUCGACCUCAACCGGUCCGAGCCGUGGGAGCUUCCAGAUGCGGCGAAGAUGGGGGAGAGAGAGUGGUAUUUCUUCAGCUUGAGAGACCGGAAGUAUCCGACCGGGCUGCGGACGAACCGGGCGACGGGUGCGGGUUAUUGGAAAGCGACCGGGAAAGAUCGGGAGGUGUUGAGCGCUGCAAAUGGGGGGCUGAUUGGGAUGAAGAAAACCCUAGUUUUCUACAAGGGGAGAGCGCCGAGAGGGGAGAAGACCAAGUGGGUCAUGCACGAGUACCGCCUUGACGGCGAGUUCUCGUGCCGCCACACCGGCAAGGAGGAGUGGGUGAUAUGCAGAAUCUUCCAAAAAAUGGCUGAGAGGAAGAGUUUGGUGCAAGGCCAAAACUACCUGAUGAGAGGCUCAUCAUACUACAGUUACAACCCAAUGACUUCACUGCCUCCAUUGCUCGAGUCACCAGCAACACUUGAUCAUCAAGAUCAACUACCAUUGCAUCAUCAAAACUCUCUUCUCUAUCACACUCCUAAUCAGGAUCAACCGGAGCUCAAAGCCCUGCUCAAUUACCCGCUCGCAUCCCGACCCGUUGGGAGCUCGAUGUUCCUCACUUCCAACCAAGGCUUGAGUUUGAAGGAGCUGAGCAAUGCCAUUGCAUCACAGUGCAAGAAUGUGGGUGGUGGUGGUGAUGGGGGUGGCAAUAGCAAAUAUGAAAAGAAUCCAUUUGUUUUUGGGGGAGAUUUGGCAAUCCCAUCAGUGGCAGCAGUGGGUGAUCACAUCGUUACAGCUGCCUUGGAUGCUGCAGCUAUUGAUCAUGUUAUGUCAACUGAGCCUGCUUUUAAAUGGUGGUAGUGAGAGAGAGAUGGAGACUUUAAUCCCAUCAUAGUCAUUGGAGAUUAUUCUUGCCAGUCUUAAAUAGUAUUUCCAAUUCAAAUCUUACUACUAUGUUUCAUGAAUGUAAGCAUGUAGCAGUAGCAGUAGCAGUGAUUAUGGGACCAAGGAAUGACUAGUACUUUAUUUUUCUGUUUUUGUAGCAUAUAGUAUGUAUUUAUGCCAAGAUAAAGAUCUGCAAUUU